AUGGAGGGAGCUAGUGGAAGCAGCAACUCGGAUCCCCGAUUCGAGUUUCUUGGAUCGUUUGUGCAGAAAACUCUCAAGUUGAAGCCGGAAAAAUGGCACCGAUUAGUCACAUUAGAAGAGCACAAGACAGUACUAAAAGAGUUUUUUGAUAAUCAAGCAUCAUUAGUUUUGAUAAUUAUACUCACACCUUCAGCACAGUUGAUUCCAUUAGUCAGCUUCCCUAUGGUACAACUAAAAAAUAAAGGAGUUUACUUCGUUAAAAAGAACACUAUAGAAGUUCCCCGCGAAGGAUGCAAGGAUUGCCUAGUGGUAGGUGAUUUAGCAACCCGCACCAUCGACCAGCUAUCGUGCCUCGUAGAUGAGAUCUUCGUUCCGUUGCUAUCGAACUCAGACAACCACCAAGGGUGGCCGGAAAUGGUCGCACAAGACGUCCAAAAACAGGUCCACAGCCUGAAGAGCACCGUCUAUCAAGUCCAGGGUCAAGUUAGUGGACAGACCGUUCUACCAAUGCCCGUCGGAGUUGAUAAAUGCGUGCAAACCGCAAAAGAGCUUGUAGUCAAUGCGGAGUGUUCGAUCAAUCUCUACCUCAAGAGUGCGAUCGAAGGCGUUGUUAUUAAAUGGGCCACCCAGGUGAACGACGUAAUGCUCGAGUCAAGCGCAAAUGCGUUCAACGGUGGGCAAAAUCCAGUGCCUUCCGCAGAAAUCAGUUUUUGGAACAACCGUUUGAAAAAUCUCACCUACAUCUACGAGCAGCUACGCCACGAACGGAUUCGAAGCAUGGCACUUAUACUAGAAUUCACCGACAGUGCAUACUAUCCCUGUUUUAAAACACUCUUUAAAAAUGUAGUCACCGCUUUGGCGGAAGCACGUGAUAUUACACUGUAUCUGAAUCCACUUACACGCCAUUUCCAGCAACUAGAGGACACCGAAUUUUCCGAAUGUAAGGUGUUAUUGAAACCACUGAUGCACGUGGUGUGCCUGAUUUGGUCCAAUUCGCUGUACUAUUGUCACUCGGCAAAGCUAAUCGUAUUGCUCAGGCAAAUUUGUAAUCUGAUCAUACAACAGGCCAAACGCUUCCUCGACCCAUCGUCCAUCUUUCACACCGACAUCGACGAGGCAAUGCAGCGCAUAUCGCUGUCGAUUCAAAUUCUCAAGUACUUCCGUACCGUGUACGAUGAAUACAAAGAUAAUAUUGCUCCGUUCUUUAAAGAACGCCCUGUGGUCAACUGGACUUUCCACCCGAACGCGGUCUUUGAACGAUUCAAUGCGUUCCUCGAACGACUGUUUACCAUACAGUGGUUCUUUAAUACGGUCAUUGAGUUUCUGAAGCUUGAGAAGGUUGAAAUCGGAGGCCUCAAAGGUCGGGCCCUCAGUGCCCGCAUCACCGGCGUGUCGGUCGAGUUCAACCAGUGCUUCUCGGUGUUCGCAUCCAAGACCUACGACGUGCUGGACCCGGACGAUCCAACGUUCAAGGAAGAUUUCGUUAAAUUCCAAGAUCGCAUCCUAGAGUUGGACUUGAAGUUGGCGGCCAUUCUCUGUCAGGCAUUCGACGACUGUCACAAUCUGGAGAGCGUUUUUAAGUUGAUUAGCAUUGUGGGAACAGUGCUAGAUCGACCGAAGAUUCGGGAAGAAUUUACUGGUAAAUAUCGGCAAAUUCUGUACAUGAUUGAUGAAGAGCUGAGUACCUGUGAGGACAUUUUCGACAUGCAGAUGGAACAUUACCGCAAGGAUGGACACAUCUUCGUCGAUAGAAGCGCGCCGCCAGUGACGGCUAGCUUACGUUGGGUGCUACAGCUGACUAACCGUAUUACCACACCGAUUAAGCAGUUUCAAACUCUGCAGCAUCCAGUGGUUCAAUCUGACGAAGGCCUAGAAUUGAUUGUACGUUUCGAAGAGUUGAUCAGAAAACUGAAGGAGUUCGAGAGAUCGAUCUUCGACACUUGGGCGGCCACCGUAGAUGGAACGAUCGAGGAAAAUUUAGACAAACCGUUAAUCGUAAGGAAGCGAAACAGUGCCGAGCUGUCGUUAAACUUCAGUCCUCAGUUGUUCGCUAUCUUGCGCGAAGUUCACUACCUUCGUUUAAUGGAAAAGGAAGACAUUCCAGAACGUGGAUUGGAAUUUUCCAACAAGAGCGACAUAUUCCGCACGUACACAUUGAACCUGGAGAAGACAGUCGAAUGGUAUAAUAAAAUACGACGUACCUGCACCGAAGUGGAGCUCGAACUGAUCAAGGAUGAAAUAAAGAUGAUAGAUGAACUGUUGAAGCGGGCGAUCGAUGAACUUACUUGGAAUUCGGACGACAUCACUGAGUACAUGAUCAAGAUUCGCAGCCCCGUAGAGCAACUGCAAAGUCGCAUGCACAGCAUUCAAACGAAUCUAAAGGAAAUCCGAUCACUGAUGUCAUCUUGGGUUAAGCAACCUCUGUUCGAACGCAAGGAUUCCAAGAAAGACACCGUUCUUUGCCUAGAGGAACGAAACGAUCGGAAAACCAAACGAUACACGGAGCUGGAAGCAGCAGCCAGUAAGGUACACCAACUACUGGAGGCCAACAUGCACCUGUUUGGUAUGGAAGACAAGCAGGAUGAUGAAAAUUGGAUAAAAUAUGUACACUUUGUUGACAACAUAGUUUACGAGAACCUCCUAUUUAUGAUUGGAAUUAGUAUGGGGUAUCUUGUUGAAAACAUGGACCCCGGCAAUAAUCUAGCACCGUUAUUUGAAUCCAGACUAGAACUUCUAGAACCAGAUCUGGUGUUUGUGCCCUCACUUAAUCCUACCGAUCCGAAUGGUUUUAACUUUUUACUAGCAAGCUUAGUAACCGAUAUUACUUAUAUGUCAUCAUUAAUUCCUAGACUGCUGAAAAAGGCAGGUAAAUCUUAUGAAGAGGUCAUUUUGGACAACACAGAUAUUCAAGAUAUGAAGGUGGAAAUUCUACAAGGCGUGGACAGAGUGAUACAGGAGGCUGCUCAAUUCUGCGGCGACUUUGAGCGAUACAGCUAUCUAUGGCUGGAAGAUCGAGAGUACAGCAUGGAAAUUUUCCUAGAGUACGGUCGCCAGCUAGAGGCAGAUGAACUCGAAUUGAUAGCCAAUAAAGAUCCCGAUGCUCCUCAGCCUUGUCCACCUAUUAUCGAAGCCUUUCGCGAGCAGAUCGAUCACUACGAAUCAUUAUAUCUAGAGAUAGAAAAGAUUGAACCGUUUCAAAUUUUUAACGCAUGGUUUCAAGUAGACGUGAGACCUUUUAGACAGUCACUUUUAAACAUAGUUAGAAAGUGGGGCAACAUGUUUAAGGAUCACCUAGUCACAAAUGUCACCUAUAGUCUAACGGAUUUGGGCAACUUUAUCAGGAAAGCAGACGAAGGGCUGCUGCAGAUUGUCAAGGAAGGAGAUUAUGAUGGUUUGGUUAAUAUUAUGGCUUAUCUACUGCACGUUAAAGAACGCACCGCAACCACCGAUGAGAUGUUUGAACCGAUGAAGGAAACUAUCGAGCUACUUAAAUACUACGACAUGGACAUCCCCGAAGAGGUCAAUGUGUAUUUGCAGGAGCUACCUGAACAGUGGGCUAAUACGAAAAAGAUUGCGCUUACCGUUAAGCAGCAGGUGGCACCACUGCAAGCGAACGAGGUUGUUGGCAUACGAAACCGUAUAGCCGCAUUCGAUCUGCACAUUACCCUGUUUAGGGAUAUCUUCCGGACAUACGAAUUUUUCAAAUAUAACUGUGAAUGGCCAUACAAGCUGAUGAACCGUAUCAACGGGGAUAUCGAGCGACUGGAAAAGGAUAUGUCCGAUAUUCACGAAUCCGGAAGCCUCUUCGAAGUGACCGUUCCCGAGUUUAAACUGCUGAAGCAAUGUCGCAAGGAAAUGAAAAUGCUGAAGCAACUGUGGGAUUACGUUUUCAUUGUUCGCACCAGUAUUGAGGACUGGAAAACAACUCCAUGGAGAAAGGUCGACGUUGAAAAUAUGGACAUCGAGUGCAAAAAGUUCGCCAAGGACAUACGCUUGCUGGAUAAGGAGAUGCGCCCUUGGGACACUUAUAUGACGCUGGAGGCGACUGUCAAAAAUAUGCUAACUUCGUUGCGAGCCGUCGGAGAACUGCAGAAUCCAGCGAUUCGAGAGCGGCACUGGAAUCAGCUGAUGACUUCGACGAAGAGUUUAGCCAAUCUGCCGCCCGAGAUUACAGUUCAAUUCAUAAUGGACAAAAACACCACCCUAUCGGACCUACUUGCUCUGAAUCUACACGAAUGCGAAGAAGAGGUGAAAAACAUCGUCGACAAAGCCGUCAAGGAAAUGUCGAUGGAAAAAAUUCUGCGCGAUUACAACUCCACCUGGUCAACAAUGGAGUUUGAGCAUGAAAUUCACCCGCGAACCGGAUGCUCCCUUCUAAAAGCCUCCGAAGAACUGAUUGAAACCUUAGAAGAAAAUCAAGUCGUACUGCAAAACUUGAUGACAUCGAAAUUUGUCGCUCACUUCCUCGAGGAAGUUUCUGCCUGGCAGAAAAAACUUACCACCGCCGAUCAAGUAAUCACGGUUUGGUUCGAGGUACAACGUACCUGGACACAUUUGGAGUCAAUUUUCAUGAGCUCAGAGGACAUCCGAAAGCAGCUGCCAGUUGAUUCGGCCCGAUUUGAUCAAAUCGACGCUGACUUUAAGGUUAUGAUGGAAGAAAUGUCCAAAACCUCCAACGUUAUCCACGCAACUAACCGUGAGGGUCUUUGUGAGAAGUUGGAUGGUCUUCAGAGUCAGCUGACCUUGUGCGAGAAAGCACUGGCAGAAUAUCUGGAAACAAAACGGCUCUAUUUCCCGCGUUUCUAUUUUGUGUCCUCUGCCGAUCUGUUGGAUAUCCUGAGCAAUGGAAACCGGCCGGAAGUUGUGUGCAAACAUCUAACAAAACUUUUUGAUUCCAUCGCGAAUUUGAAAUUUCAAGCUGACGAAGAAAACACCAAACGUGCACUUGGGAUGAUUGCUAAGGAUACGGAAUUCGUAAAGUUUUUCGAACUGUGUCACUGUACCGGAGCGGUUGAAGUCUGGUUAAACCAGGUUCAAGCUUCGAUGCGAUCUUCUCUAAGAGGCUACAUCGCCGAUGCUGUUGUCGCCUACGAGGAAAAACAACGAGAACACUGGCUGUUUGAUUACCCUGCCCAGGUAUCUCUUUGUGGCACACAAAUCUGGUGGACCACCGAAGUGGACAUUGCCUUCAACCGUCUAGAAGAAGGCUACGAUAACGCUAUCAAAGAUUACUACAAGAAACAAAUCUCCCAAUUAAGUACCUUGAUUACCCUGCUAUUAGGGGAGCUGACCAAGGGAGAUCGUCAAAAGAUUAUGACUAUCUGCACAAUUGACGUCCACUCGCGAGAUGUCGUCAGCAAGUUGAUCCAAUCGAAAGUUGAGAGUGCGUCGGCCUUCCAAUGGCAAUCUCAGCUGCGCCAUCGUUGGGAUGACGUUGAGAAAGAUUGUUUUGCAAAUAUUUGCGAUGCCCAGUUUCGCUACAGUCACGAAUAUCUGGGUAACACACCGCGUCUUGUGAUUACCCCAUUGACUGAUCGCUGUUACAUCACGCUGACGCAAUCGUUGCAUCUUGUGAUGGGCGGAGGACCCGCUGGGCCGGCUGGAACCGGCAAAACGGAAACAACCAAAGAUCUCGGAAGAGCACUGGGAAUCAUGGUGUACGUAUUCAACUGUUCCGAACAGAUGGACUACAAGUCGUGCGGAAACAUUUACAAAGGGCUUGCGCAAACCGGAGCAUGGGGAUGCUUCGAUGAGUUCAAUCGAAUUUCGGUUGAGGUACUGUCAGUCGUUGCGGUGCAGGUGAAGUCAGUCCAGGACGCUAUCCGCGACAAGAAGGAGAAGUUUAAUUUUAUGGGAGAGAUCAUCGCUUGCGUACCGACGGUGGGCAUCUUCAUUACAAUGAAUCCCGGUUACGCUGGUCGUACCGAAUUGCCGGAGAAUCUAAAGGCCUUGUUCAGACCAUGUGCUAUGGUUGUACCUGAUUUCGAAUUGAUUUGCGAAAUUAUGCUGGUCGCUGAAGGUUUUCAGGAUGCUCGAGUACUGGCCCGAAAGUUUAUCACUCUUUACACUUUGUGUAAAGAAUUGCUAUCAAAACAGGAUCACUACGAUUGGGGUUUGCGGGCUAUUAAAUCCGUGCUUGUUGUCGCCGGUUCGCUAAAGCGCGGUGACCCUGGCCGCCCUGAGGAGGAAGUUUUAAUGAGAGCUCUACGAGAUUUCAAUAUUCCCAAGAUUGUUACCGACGAUAUGCCUGUGUUUAUGGGUUUGAUCGGCGAUUUGUUCCCGGCUUUGGAUGUCCCACGAAAGCGCGAUAUGGAGUUCGAGAAAACUGUGAAACAAGCAACGCUGGAUCUUGCCUUGCAACCGGAGGAUAAUUUCAUUCUCAAAGUUGUCCAAUUAGAAGAGUUGCUAGAAGUGCGACACUCGGUCUUCAUCGUCGGCAAUGCUGGCACAGGAAAGACCCAAGUUUGGAAAACGUUAUACAAAACUUAUCAGAAUAACAAGAAGAAACCCAUUUUCAACGACCUUAACCCGAAAGCAGUGACCAAUGAUGAGCUGUUCGGAAUCAUCAAUCCAGCCACCAGAGAAUGGAAAGACGGCCUCUUCUCGGUCAUAAUGCGCGAGCAAGCCAGUUUGACUGGCGAUAAUCCCAAGUGGAUUAUUCUGGACGGUGAUAUUGAUCCUAUGUGGAUCGAGAGUUUGAACACUGUUAUGGAUGACAAUAAGGUAUUGACGCUAGCAUCUAAUGAGCGAAUCGCUCUGACACCGUACAUGAGACUCAUAUUCGAAAUAUCAAACUUGCGAACUGCAACUCCAGCAACGGUUUCACGUGCUGGAAUUCUUUACAUAAAUCCACAGGAUUUGGGCUGGAAUCCGUACGUUACAAGUUGGAUCGAAACCCGUACGAUCCCCGCGGAAAAGUCCAAUCUGGUGAUUUUAUUCGACAAGUACAUCCCAUCCUGCUUGGACAACAUACGAACACGAUUCAAGAAGAUCACACCGAUCGCCGAGAUGGCGCACAUCCAAAUGCUUUGUCACUUAUUGGAGUGUCUUUUGAUCCCAAUCAAUACUCCCGCUGAUUGUCCGAAGGAGUGGCAUGACUUAUAUUUUGUGUUCUCGUGCGUGUGGGCAUUUGGUUCAGCUAUGUUCCAAGACGCGGCUAUCGAUUAUCGUGUAGAGUUUAGCAAAUGGUGGGUCAACGAGUUCAAAACCGUUAAAUUUCCACCGACGGGAACGGUGUUCGAUUACUUUAUCGAUACGGAAACUAAACACUGGACUUCGUGGACGGAAAUAUUGCCCAAAUUUGAAAUGGACUGUGACCAACCGCUGCAAGCUGUGUUGGUGCACACUUCGGAGUCCAUCCGGCUGAGGUUCUUCCUCGAUCUACUGAUGGAUCGUUCGCAUCCAGUGAUGCUUGUCGGCAUCGCAGGCUGUGGCAAAACCGUUGUUGUUAAUGAAAAAUUAUCCAAUCUAUCGGAGAGCUUUGCAAUUGCGAACAUCCCUUUCAAUUUUUAUACCAGUUCUGAAAUGCUUCAAAAAGUUAUGGAGAAACCAUUAGAAAAGAAAGCGGGUCGUAACUAUGGGCCUCCCGGGAGUAAAACUUUAAUCUACUUUAUUGACGAUAUGAAUAUGCCUGAGGUGGAUGCCUACGGAACGGUUCAACCUCAUACACUGAUACGACAACAUCUGGACUACAGCCAUUGGUACGAUCGGAACAAACUUACCUUGAAAGACAUCCACAAUUGCCAGUACGUGUCAUGUAUGAAUCCUACCUCGGGUAGUUUCACUAUCAAUCCAAGACUUCAGCGGCACUUUAGCGUUUUCGCCGUAAGCUUUCCGGGAUCCGAGGCCGUUACCACCAUCUAUCAUUCGAUCCUUCUUCAGCACUUUGCGAACGCUGAACAGAAGUUCAACAUAGCUGUAACUAAAAUAUCGCAAAAUAUUGUCGCAGCCAGUUUGGCUCUGCACUCUAAAGUGGCACAAGUGUUUCUUCCGACCGCCAUCAAGUUUCACUACGUUUUUAAUCUACGUGAUCUAACUAAUGUUUUUCAGGGUUUACUAUUCAGCACGAAUGAUUGUCUAAUGACUUCCAGCGAUUUUAUCCGACUUUGGUUACACGAAACUCAGCGUGUUUACGGCGAUAAGCUUCUGGAUGAUAAAGACAUCGACAGUUUUACUAAGAUGCAAAACGACUUGGUAAAGAAGUCAUUCGAAGAAAUCGACGAAUCGAUUGUGUUUGACAAGCCCAACAUCUAUUGCCACUUCGCGGGUGGUAUUGGUGAGCCGAAAUACAUGCCUAUCACCGAUUGGGGAGUAUUGACGAAACUGCUACAGGAAGCAAUGAUGUCCUACAACGACUUGAUCGCUGCUAUGAACUUGGUGCUCUUUGAAGAUGCGAUGAUGCAUGUGUGCAGAAUAAACCGAAUUCUAGAAUCCCCUCGCGGAAGUGCAUUGCUAGUAGGAGUAGGUGGUAGUGGAAAGCAAUCUCUUAGUCGGCUGGCUGCCUUUAUCUCCAGCUUGGAAGUUGCGCAAGUUCAACUGAAGAAAGGUUACAGCGUUCAGGAUUUAAAGAAUGAGUUAUCCGGAUUGUAUCUCAAAGCCGGAAUGAAAAACGUCGGGAUCAUGUUUUUGAUGACCGACGCCCAAAUAUCGAGCGAAAGUUUCCUCGUUAUAAUCAACGAUCUACUCUCAUCCGGUGAAAUCGCAGACCUGUUCCCUGACGAUGAGGUAGAGAACAUAAUUUCCGGAGUAAGAAAUGAAGUUAAGGGAGCUGGUUUAGUAGACACUCGAGAGAAUUGCUGGAAGUUUUUCAUUGAUCGAGUUCGUCGUCAGCUCAAAGUGGUGCUAUGCUUCUCGCCGGUGGGAGUCACCCUGCGUGUUCGAUCACGCAAAUUCCCCGCGAUCAUCACCUGUACCCAGAUCAAUUGGUUCCACGAGUGGCCGCAGGAAGCUUUGAUGUCCGUGUCGUUGCGUUUCCUACAAGAGUUGACGAUCUUACCAGGCGAUUGCAAGGACUCAAUUGCACGGUUCAUGGCUUACGUACACACCUCGGUCAACUCGAUGUCCAAAGUUUACCUACAGAACGAACGACGGUACAACUACACUACUCCAAAGUCCUACCUAGAACAGAUCAGCUUGUAUGAUAAACUACUGAAAGAAAAACAUGGAGAGCUGCGUAAAAAGGUCGAACGUCUUGAAAAUGGUUUGGAAAAACUUCGAACCACCGCCGAUCAAGUUGCAACUCUGAAGCAAAAGCUGGCAGUUCAAGAAGUGGAACUCAAAGAAAAAAAUGAAGCAGCCGAUGCUUUGAUCGAAAUGGUUGGUGUCGAAACGGAAAAGGUACAAACCGAGAAAGCCAUAGCCGACGAAGAAGAGCAAAAAGUUGCAGUUAUUGCGCAGGAAGUUGCCAAGAAGCAACGCGAUUGUGAGGAAGAUCUAGUUAAAGCCGAACCGGCACUGAUUGCUGCUCAGGAAGCUUUGAACACCCUCAACAAGGCCAAUCUAACUGAGUUGAAGUCGUUCGGUUCGCCUCCUGGUGCAGUGACCAAUGUGACCGCCGCCGUUAUGGUCCUGCUAGCUCCGAAUGGGAAAAUUCCGAAGGAUCGCAGCUGGAAAGCUGCGAAGAUCGUUAUGGCCAAAGUAGACACCUUCUUGGAUAUGCUCAUCACUUACGACAAAGAACAUAUACAUCCAGAGAUUAUAAAAGCCAUUCAACCGUAUCUGAAAGAUAACGAAUUCGAUCCCGACUUUGUCCGCUCGAAAUCGGCCGCCGCUGCAGGUCUAUGUGCGUGGGUCAUCAACAUUAUCAAGUUUUACGAUGUAUAUUGUGAUGUAGAACCAAAGCGUCGUGCGCUUGCAGCGGCCAACGCAGAACUGUGUGCUUCACAGGAAAAAUUGGCGUGCAUUAAACGGAAAGUUACAUCCCUUGAAGAGCAACUAGCUAAAUUAACAGCCGAUUUUGAAAAGGCUACCGCUGAUAAAAUCCGCUGUCAGCAAGAAGCCGAUGCAACGCAAGCCACAAUCCAGCUCGCCAAUCGACUGGUAGGGGGUCUUGCCAGUGAAAAUGUGCGCUGGGCCGAGGCUGUGGCUGAGUUUAUGCAGCAGGCAACCACGUUACCCGGUGACAUAUUACUGAUAACUGCGUUCAUAUCUUACGUUGGCUGCUUUACGAAGCAGUUCCGACUAGAUCUUUUAAAUAAAAUGUGGCUUCCGUUUUUGCGAGCCCUCGAACCGGGUAUACCGAUUACAGACAGUCUUGAUCCAUUAAGAUUACUGACCGAUGACACUCAGAUUGCAACUUGGCAGAACGAAGGUUUGCCCAGCGAUCGAAUGUCUAUCGAAAACGCUACGAUUCUUUCCAACUCCGAUCGUUGGCCGUUGAUGAUUGACCCGCAGCUACAGGGUAUCAAAUGGAUCAAGCAAAAGUACGGCGACUUGCUGAAGGUCAUCCGACUGGGAACCAAGGGAUACCUGGAGAUCCUCGAAAAGGCACUGGCAAAAGGCAGCAUCGUGCUGAUUGAAAACAUCGGCGAAAACGUGGAUCCCGUCUUAGACCCACUGCUCGGAAGAAAUCUCAUCAAAAAAGGAAGGGCUAUCAAGAUCGGAGACAAAGAGGUGGAGUAUAACCAAGCUUUCCGAUUAAUUCUGCAUACGAAACUAGCGAAUCCGCACUACAAACCGGAAAUGCAAGCCCAAACAACCCUGAUCAACUUUACCGUUACCCGCGACGGUCUCGAAGACCAGCUGCUGGCUGAAGUCGUCAAAGCGGAACGCCCAGAUCUGGAGGAGCUUAAAGCAGACCUCACGAAGCAGCAGAAUGACUUUAAGAUCAUGCUAAAGAGGCUAGAAGAUGACCUCCUUUCGCGUCUCUCCUCAGCCGGUGGCAACAUCCUAGGAGACACAGCCCUGGUUGAGAAUCUCGAAACGACCAAAAAGACGGCUGCUGAAAUCGAGGAGAAGGUCACCGAGGCUAAGGUUACAUCAAAGGAGAUUGACGAAGCUCGUGAGCACUAUCGACCGGCAGCGGCCCGGGCCAGCCUGCUGUACUUCAUCCUUAACGAUCUAAAUACGAUCAACCCAAUUUACCAGUUUUCGUUGAAAGCAUUCAGUGUAGUCUUUCAGAAGGCAAUUUCAAGAGCAGAACCAGCCGAUACAGUCCCGAUGAGAGUAAACAAUCUAAUUGACUGCAUAUCAUUUUCAGUGUUUCAAUAUACGACACGUGGGCUCUUUGAAUGCGACAAACUUAUUUUCAUGUCCCAAAUGACUUUCCAGAUACUUUUGAUGAGCGAAGAGAUCACCCCCGCUGAGCUGGACUUUUUGCUGCGUUUCCCCAUUAAGCCUCAUGUUACCUCACCGGUAGAUUUUCUGACCAACAUGGCGUGGGGUGGCAUCUGCAGCUUGGCAUCGAAAGAUGAAUUCCGCAAUCUGGAUCGAGAUAUUGAAACUUCCUCCAAACGUUGGAAGAAACUGAUUGAAUCCGAAUGUCCGGAGAAGGAGAAGUUCCCGCAAGAAUGGAAGAAUAAAACCGCUUUACAGAGACUUUGCAUGAUGCGUGCCCUGAGACCGGACAGAAUGACCUAUGCAAUGACAGAUUUUAUAGAGGAAAAACUUGGUGCUAAGUAUGUAGAGAACCGCACCAUGGAGUUUGCCAAAUCAUUUGAAGAAACGAGCCCAUCAACACCGAUUUUCUUCAUUCUGUCGCCCGGUGUAAACCCGUUGAAAGACGUCGAAGCACUUGGCAAGCAACUCGGUUACUCCGCGGAUAACGGAAACUUCUACAACGUUUCGCUUGGUCAAGGCCAGGAGGUGGUAGCGGAAGCAGCCAUGGAUAAAGCGGCUACCGCUGGGCACUGGGUCGUUCUGCAGAAUAUUCAUUUAGUGAAAAAAUGGUUACCUUCACUGGAGAAGAAGUUGGAGUACUAUUCUGAGGGUUCCCACGAGAAUUACCGUGUUUUUAUGAGUGCCGAACCGGCUGCUACGCCGUCGGCCCAUAUCAUCCCUCAAGGCAUACUGGAAUCAUCAAUCAAGAUUACCAACGAACCACCAACAGGAAUGCAAGCCAACCUGCACAAAGCUUUGGACAACUUCACACAAGAAACGCUCGAAAUGUGUGGCAAAGAAGCCGAAUUCAAAGUGAUUCUAUUUUCGCUUUGCUACUUCCACGCAGUGGUCGCUGAGCGUCGAAAGUUCGGCCCACAAGGAUGGAACAAAAUUUAUCCCUUCAACGUCGGUGAUCUGAACAUCUCUGUAUCCGUAUUGUACAACUAUUUGGAAGCGAAUACCAAAGUCCCAUGGGAGGAUCUUCGCUACCUGUUCGGCGAGAUCAUGUAUGGUGGUCACAUCACCGACGACUGGGACCGUAGAACCUGCAUCACCUAUCUAGAAGAACUGAUGCAACCCGAUUUAGUUGACGGUGAGCUGUUCUUAGCACCUGGAUUCGCCGCUCCCCCGAAUACUGACUAUGCUGGCUAUCACGCCUACAUAGAUGAUGCAAUGCCUCCAGAAUCUCCAUACCUGUACGGAUUACAUCCGAAUGCGGAGAUCGGAUUCCUGACCACGACUUCAGAAAAUCUCUUCCGAACUGUUUUCGAAAUGCAACCUCGCGAAGCUGGAGCCGGAUCAGGAACUACGGUUACUCGAGAAGAUAAAGUCAAACAGGUAUUAGAUGAAAUUUUGGAGAAGCUACCCGAAGAAUUCAAUAUGGCCGAAAUAAUGGGCAAAGUUGAGGAACGCACACCGUACGUGGUUGUGGCCUUCCAAGAAUGCGAACGCAUGAACUACCUAACAGGCGAGAUCAAGAGAAGUCUGAAGGAAUUGGAUCUCGGUAUGAAGGGCGAGCUGACGAUAACUUCGGACAUGGAGGAACUGGAGAAUUCACUUUUCCUGGACCAGGUUCCUUCGAUCUGGUCUGCCCGGGCCUACCCAUCGUUAUUAGGCCUUACUGCGUGGUUUGUUGAUUUAUUGCUACGAUUGCGAGAAUUGGAAACUUGGUCUGCUGAUUUCGUGCUUCCAGUAUCGGUUUGGUUAGCAGGAUUUUUCAAUCCACAAUCGCUUUUGACUGCUAUAAUGCAGUCCACAGCGAGAAAAAAUGAGCUUCCUCUUGACAAAAUGUGUUUACACUGUGAUGUAACCAAAAAGCAAAAGGACGAUUUCACUGCUGGGCCAAGAGAAGGAGCUUACGUGCACGGAAUCUUCAUGGAAGGAGCGCGUUGGGAUGUCCAGCAGGGAAUAAUAAUGGAAUCAAAGCUGAAGGAGCUGUAUCCCCAGAUGCCUGUUAUAAAUAUAAGAGCUCUGACUCAAGACAAACAGGACCUGCGCAACAUGUACGAAUGCCCGGUUUACAAAACUAGAACUCGGGGACCAACAUACAUAUGGACAUUUAACCUAAAAACUAAAGAUAAACCAGCCAAAUGGACACUAGCUGGUGUUGCACUACUGUUACAAGUUUAG